AUGCCAGCGACGCCACCGCACACAAUCGAUAUAUCCCCAGAACCAGAUCUCCACCCUCUAUACCCCACAAUCGCGCAAAUAUCCCAACAAAUCAGCUCGGACUCCGGUCUAAGCCCAGCUCAGAAGGCAGAGUUAGUCUCGCACUGUCUGACGCGUGCUUGCACGUUUGGAGACAUCUCGGUGGUUCAAUAUCUGUUAACUGAUCCUCAAGCACAAGCACAUGUUGACUUGGGCCUUCGGGACGAGGACGGCGUCAAUCUGAUUAGUUUGGCAAUUCAUGGCUUCGGGGGCGACUCUGAUCGCGACGUGGAAAGGGAGGAAUGUGUGAGGCUUUUGGUAUCCCAAGGAGCCGAUAUGAGUGCAGACAAGGCGGGCUGGACCCCUCUGCAUUAUGCUGCUCUCCUCUCUCCGCCAACGCUGGUAUCGUACUUGAUGACUCAUGGCUGCUCGCCGUUCGCAUUGACGAACAGGAAGCUUACACCCCUCGACAUCGUAACUGCGCAUUCCAUGGUCCCAGGCAAGGAAGAUGUGGCACUGCUACUUGGAGAAUCAAUGCGUGGUCAAGGUUGGACAGGCGGUCAUAUGGAAGAACGACGCAGGUCGUUUGAUCAGCGGUUGAAGAAGAAAGGCAGACAGAAGGAGCUGCGCGACGAUGUUGGAAAGGUUCUUGGUGUUGGUCCGGAUUGCUGGAAGAAGUCUUCAGAACUUUCAGGAUCUGACUCUGACUCCGACGAAGACGAAGAAGUUGAUGACGGUAUAUUUACACCGCGCCUGGAAUUCUCCUCCAUGCUUGUGUUCUCACCUCCAAUGUUGCCCCAGAUGUUCGAAUCCCUUAUUGCAAACUAUCCUCCCAAGUUUAAAGACUCUACUCCAGCCAAUACUUUGUAUAUGCUGGCCCGAUUCGCAGCGCUGACGUGUGAUCAUACAUGGCUGGAGGACCUCAUUAUCGGCGCUACAGAUGCCAUCGAGGAAACAUUCUUCAGUCGAUCCGAGGACCUUCCUUGCUUAGUAUUUUGGCUGUACAACACGACGCUAUGGCUCCAUCUACUAGAGAGUGAUACCUCAAUAAACGAGGCAUGCGACAUGCUCGGCUCUUUCGAUCUAAUAGAGGAAGUUAUAAAUUCUGUCUUCGUAUUUAUUAUUCGUUUCGCGGAACGACGGAUAGACCAGUUACUGGACACUGCUAUCUUAUCAUACACUCCGGUGCCCUCCCAAUUAGACGCCGUCCAGUUCGAAUCUGAUUGGUCUUUUCUACGCCCCUUCACGAGCAAAAAGAAAGGGCCACCACCUCCAUCCCUCGGACGCCCUGCUGUUCCCCCUUCUCCGAAGAGCCCACAGCGACCACUUUCCCCCUCUGAGAGCCAGACUACGAUCCCCUCUUCCACGUCGCGUGGAUUUUCGUCACUGCGGCAAACCAUAAAUCGAGCCCGAAGUCAAUCGUCUGCGCCUCCCUUAUCUUCGAUUUUCCAAGACCAGCCUCCACAACCAAUACCGGCUGACCUUAUUUCAUUCCUUGCAUCUCUCCAUACGCUUUUAAUACUCUCUGAUGUAAACCCGGCAAUUAUCACCCAGCUAUGGUCUCAAGUAAUGUAUUGGACCUCUUGCGAAAUCUUCAAUCGGGUUAUUACGCGCAAAAAGUAUAUUUGCAGAUCGCGAGCUGCUCAGAUCAGUAUGAAUUUGACCGCAAUAGAAGAAUGGAUAGAAGAAAUGGGACUUCCUUCCGGCAUUCAGAUACACUUUGCACCUCUUCGGGAUUUAUUGAAUUGGCUUCAGUGCCUAUCCUCCAUUAACGAAUUUUCAGACCUCGUUGCCACUAUUCAGACGAUGAAACACAUGAAUCCGUUGCAGAUGCGUCGAGCCGUUCGUGACUACAAGUAUGAAGUCAAUGAAGGGCGGAUGACGGAAGAGUGCAUUCAGUACCUAACUCAACUGCAGAAAGAUUGGGAACGGCAUCGGGUCAAACUAGGAGUUGAAGCCAUUAGGAAAGAGAUUGUAGAACGAGACCGCGAUCGUGAAGGUAGCAUAUCAUCCCUAACGAAUGACGCUGCUAGUGUCAACGAGCGUACACCGUCAAUCAUUUCAUCCAGUGAAGCGGCUUCCCCUCAGCAUUCGAUUGACAUUUUAUUUGACAAAUCCUUCGAUAAAUCGUCUUGGGAGCCUGUACGCCCACCGCAGGCGCUGGGCGAACUGCUGGAUUCGCGGUACAUGCUCCCCUUGCUGUUCCCCUCCGACCCUCGACUCCUCGCCGCACUUCCUGGGAAACCAGACUUCCUUGAGGACACGAAGAGGACUUCAAUCCAAAAUUCAAGUUCCAACUCCGACAAUGGUUCAAGUCGCGGAAGCACCACGGGGAAGCCGAUGUCAUGGAGAUCUAGAAACCGAAAGGUCCGGGAAGUCGGAAUCGCGACGUUGCAGUGGGUAGACGGCGUGCGAUCUGCAUCCCGCUGGGGCCGACCAGUCGCACACGAGUACGAUCCUGACGAAGACGAAGACCGUCGGACGAGCGUGUCAGAGGGUCGUGGAGAGGAGGAAUCGACGAUGAGGAUCAACACCCAUGUAACACCUCUUACUCGCAAACCUUCGGGCAGAACGAAAGGUCGCCAAAGCAUGGGGGAAACGACACCGAUAGAUGGCAGCUUUGAUAGCAGGAUAUCCGGAUUUCGGCAUCAGGGGAAUAUGGACAGCAUUCAAGGUCGAUACUAA